AUGGCGCCGAUGACGCGCUUGCGGGCAGAUGAAAAUCACGCACCGUUGGAUAUGAUGAGGGACUAUUAUGCGCAGAGAGCUUCAGUUCCCGGCACGCUUCUCAUCACGGAAGCGACAUUUGUAUCGGCCAAAUCGCGAGGCCGCGAUGAGAACGCGCCGGGUAUAUUCACGCUGGAGCAGGUCGAAGCGUGGCGACAUGUAACAGAUGAGGUUCACAGCAAAGGGUCCUUCAUCUUCAUGCAGCUAUGGCACGUCGGCAGAGCAGCUCGUCAACAUGCGCUGGACAAGGCUGGCCUGGAAAUGGUCAGCAGCAGCGACGUUCCCAUCAGCGAAGAGUAUCCGACACCACGGCCCAUGACGACUGAAGAGAUCUGGGAGUGCAUUGCGUCUUUCGCCAGCGCUGCCAGAAAUGCCAUCGAUGCGGGCUUUGACGGGGUCGAGAUUCAUGCUGCCAAUGGAUACCUCAUCGACCAAUUCACGCAAGAUACAUGUAACAGACGAACAGAUGAAUGGGGCGGCAGUAUCGAGAAUCGAUCACGGUUCUGUCUUGAGAUUGCGAAAGCUGUUUCAAAAGAGAUAGGCCCGGCUCGGACAGCUAUUCGACUGUCACCGUUCAGUACAUUCCAAGGCAUGCGAAUGCAUGAGCCCGAGCCGCAGUUCAGCUACUUGAUCUCCGAGCUGAAGCCCCUGGGGCUCGCGUACCUACAUCUAAUUGAGCCCCGUAUUGCUGGGAACGUGGACAGGGAGGCGGACGACCAGGAAAGCCUUGACUUUGCGCUUGAUGCAUGGGCUUGGGUUGGGCCAGUCAUUCUCGCUGGGGGUUACAUAGCGGAAAAGGCAAACAAAGCCCUGGAAACAACUUUCAAGGACCGACCUGUUACUUUUGCUUUUGGAAGACACUUUAUAUCUAAUCCGGAUUUGCCGCUCAGGCUCGCGAGGAAUAUUCCCCUGGCGCCGUAUCAGAGGGAUACUUUCUACAAGGUAAAGAGCACGGAUGGAUACACGGAUUAUCCUUUCAGCGAUGGAUGGAAGGAAGGACAAACGGUGCCUUAG